AUGCUUAGUAUCCUUUCAGCUUGUGCUCAGUCAGGAUCUUCUCUUCAACUGGGCAAUUGGGUUCGGUCUUGGAUUGAGGAUCAUGGAGUUGGAUCAAAUUUUAGGCUUGUAAACGGACUUAUUGAUAUGUAUAUUAAAUGUGGAGAUUCGGAAGAAGCCAGCAAUCUGGUUGAGGGAAUGCAAGAUAAGAAUGUGGUCUCCUGGAAUGUUAUGAUUGGACUUUUCUCUAGAAUGACUGAGGAGGGAUUUGUACAAGAUGGCAUCACUUUUGUUGGCGUGCUGUUAGCUAGUAAGCAUGCUGGUCGAGCUGGGUUGUUUGAUGAAGCAGAAACCUUGACGAAGAAUAUGCAAAUGAAACCAGAUGGGGCCAUUUGGCGCUCUCUGCUUGGUGCUUGUAGAAUUCAUGGACGCGUUGAGUUGGCUGAAUUUGUCGCCAAGCAACUUCUCGCCCGUGACACCAUUGCAUCCAGUGAAGGACCCAUUAAGGCGUUGGACUAUGCAAUUAGAGCAUCAAAUUCGUUUGAAAGAGUGACAAUUGAGAAAGGAGAAGAGCCAAGUUCGUAUCUUGUUAUGAGUCUUCGUGUUUUGGGUGCUAUUUAUUGUAAUUUAGGCAGGUUUGAAGAGGCAGUUCCUGUGCUUGAAAGGGCCAUUAAAGUGCCUGAUUUGAGUAAAGGAGUGGAUCAUGCACUUGCUGGGUUUAGUGGGUAUACGCAGUUGGGGGAUACUUAUUCAAUGCUGGGUCAAGUUGAUAAAUUUUUUGAGUGUUAUGAGAAAUACUUGCAGAUUCAGAUCGAGAGCUUGGGGGAGAUUGAUUCACGAGUUGGUGAGACUUGCAAAGAGAGAGAGAGAGAGAGGGAGAGAGUUUCUGAAGGAGUUGAUUUUGUGUUCGCGUGUGAAGAAGAUGAAUCAAUGGAGAAGAGAACUGACCACGUGAAGAGGGAAGAGGUCAAGGGUAGAGGGUUUUUAGAUUCAGUGUUUUCCUGGUCUAUUCAAGAUGUGCUCAAUAAGGAUCUUUACAAAGACCAGGUGGAGAAGAUCCCAGAGUCUUUCAAGUCAACAGCUCAAUACAUGAACACCUUCCUACCAUCCCUUCUGGAGGAUACACAUGCAGAUUUGUGCUCAAGUAUAGAAUCACUGGCUGGAGCACCAACUUGUAAAAUAUUGUGUGUUAGAAAAUCUCAUGGUUAUAAACCACUUAAAGACUUGUUUUACAAAAUUUCGGUGGAAAGAACCAGAGGUGGAUAUGUGCCUGGGUUUGGAGAUCUAAUUGCCCUAACAAAUGUCAAACCAAAGUGCUUUGAUGAUUUAAGAAGGCCUCAGCAAUCCUAUCUUGUUGCUUUCGUUUAUGCCGUGAAAGGGGAAAAUGGUUUGACACCCUUGAUUCUGUCAUCCAAGCCAAUUGUGGAUGCUGAAGACUUGAAGAUGGGAACACUCUUUGCUGUUCAUUUGAGUAAUCUGACGACAAAUUUGCGUAUAUGGAAGGCGUUGAAAUUGGAACUAGAAGGGAAGAGCAUGAACAUUAUUAAGAAAUUGCUGCAAAAUAAUUUCACUGAUGGUGGAAAAUGUACCAUCUGCUCUUCUAGUGAAAAUAAUGAUGCUGCCUCUACCUGCAUAAGGGAUACAUUACAGUCUUUUAAUUUAAACAACUCGCAAGAAGCUGUGGUUUUAAGCUGUAUUGACACAGCUGGAUGCUGUCAUGGGUAUACUGUCAAAUUAGUGCAGGGCCCUCCAGGAACUGGGAAAACGAAGACAGUUAGUUUCUUAUUAUACUCGCUAGUAAGAAUGAAAUGCAGAACACUUACAUGUGCUCCAACUAACAUUGCAGUGUUAGAAGUGGCGGCUUGUGUCUUGAGGACAGUUGCCAAUGCAGUUGGAUCUGAAACUUAUGGGAUGGGAGACAUAGUUCUGUUUGGGAAUCGGGAGCGAAUGAAGAUUGAUGAUGAUCAGAAUGGCCUUCUUCAUGUAUUUCUUGAUCAUCGUGCUGAUAUACUUGAGAAGUGCUUUGAUCCAUUGUCUGGAUGGAACCACAGUUUAGCAUCAAUGAAAUGUUUACUUGAAAACUCCGAAGAACAAUACGAUUUGUACUUGCAAGAUAACAUGAGGAAUGAAGAUCCUUGGACUUAUGAGCGAUUUGUAUCGAAAAGAUUCAACUUCUUGGGAGAGCAAUUAAAGUUCUGUAUUGUAAAUUUGUAUACACAUCUACCGACUACUUUGAUUUCAUUAGAAGUGAUGAAGAUCAUGACCAGAGCUCUUGAUUUGAUGAAAUCACUUGAAACUUUGUUGCUUAGUGCCAGUUCUGCCAAAGAAGGUUUAAAGCAGAUUCUCGGGGAAAAUGAAGAUGCAGAAAGCAAAAUUUAUAAUCAUAUAAAGUUGAGAAAUGUAAAAAGGGAGUGCCUCAAUUCUCUUUGUCUACUUGCACUGAAAUUUAAUGUUCCAAAAUUCAAGGAUAAGUAUGUGAUAGAAAAAUUCUGCUUAUCGAAUGCAUGCCUGGUUUUCUGUACUGCGUCAAGCUCUGCCAAGCUGCAUAUGAAAGGACUGGCACCUCUGCAGUUCAUGGUAAUUGACGAAGCUGCUCAGCUCAAAGAAUGUGAAUCAACAAUCCCCUUACAACUCUCUGGCCUUCACCAUGCUAUUCUCGUAGGAGAUGAGCGGCAAUUGCGUGCAACCGUUAAUAGCAAGAUUUCUGAGGAGGCUGGUUUUGGUAGAAGUUUGUUUGAGAGGCUCAUAAAGUUGGGAUGCAAGAGCCACCUUCUCAACAUUCAAUACCGAAUGCAUCCAUCAAUAAGCUUAUUCCCGAAUACGGAGUUCUAUGGCAGACAAAUUUUUGAUGCACCAAAUGUCAAAGAAACAGGCUACAGGAGACGGUUUCUCAAAGGAGACUUGUUUGGAUCCUACUCUUUCAUAAAUAUAGCCUAUGGAAAAGAGGAAUUUGGCGAGCAACAGAGUUUCAAGAAUAUGGUUGAGGCUGCUGUUGUUGCUGAUAUUGUUGGGAGGCUUUUCAAAGAAAUCAAUGGCCCUGAGAUGAAGGCUAGCAUAGGUAUCAUAUCACCAUACCAGGCUCAAGUUCAUGCAAUUCAAGAGAAGAUUGGGAAGUUCGUUUCAGAUUCUGACAGUGCCUUUUCUGCAAGUGUUGGCACGGUUGAUGGUUUUCAGGGUGGCGAGGAGGAUUUGAUAAUUAUCUCUACUGUCCGAAGUAAUGAAAAAGGAUUAGUGGGUUUUGUUUCGAAUCUUCAACGAGCAAAUGUGGCGCUGACUCGUGCAAGGUAUUGCCUUUGGAUAUUAGGAAAUGAAGCAACUUUAGUUAAGAGUGGAUCUAUUUGGAAGAAGAUUGUCAAUGAUGCCAAGGAACGGCAAUGCUUCUAUAAUGCUGAAGAGGAUGAGAGUUUGGCUCAGACUAUUACUGAUAGCUUGAUUGAGCUUGAUCAACUUGACGUUUUAUUAAAAACUGACUCUCCAUUGUUCAGGAAUGCAAGAUGGACGGUUUGUUUCAGUGAUGAUUUUCGGAGAUCGGUGGCAAGAGUUAGGAAUGUCAGAAUCUGUAAGGAAGUGCUUUCUCUAUUAGCGAAGGUUUCAAAUGGUUGGCGUCAGUCUCGCAAUAAGAGAAGCCUAAUUGCUCACAAUGGGAUUUCUUCCCCACUGUUAGAGCAGUAUAAAGUUAGUGGGCAGCUAAAUAUCAUCUGGACUGUGGACAUUCUGCAGGAAAAUUCAUUCUACAUUCAAGUUUUGAAGGUUUGGGAUAUUUUACCAUCAUCUGGUAUACCAAAACUAGCUAUGAGUCUCGACACCUUAUUUCGGAAUUAUACAGAGGAGCAGAUGAAUUGCUGCUUAUACAAAUCCAUGGAGGGGAAUUUGGUUGUUCCAAUGAGAUGGACAGUGGGCUCCUGUAGUGCUCCUCAGGGCAGCUGCAGUGAAGCUGAUGCUGUGCAGCCGUCAAAAUCACUUGCAUCACUCUGUCUAAAGGACGAAUCAAGCACAAAUGCUAAAAUUUCCAAGUACGUUACAGUACUAGCUGCUAUCACUCCAUAUCAGGAUGUUGCAAUGCAGGUAGCUAGGUUUUGUCAGCCUUUAUAUGAUGGCCUCAAAUGGAAGCUGCAUUGA